AUGUCGGACGAACAACCACGCAAGAAGGUCCGUCUCACAGGUCCUGAGGACUCCAUCUCAGCAUCGCUAUCAGAAGCCGACGCCGCUGUAGCAGCACAACUAGAACAAGAGAAGAGCGCUGGAAUUACAGUCUUUGCAUCAGAAUCUGCUGGUUUCGGAGGUGUCGUCAAGAAGCGCUACACCGAUUUCCUGGUCAACGAGAUUUCAACAGACGGCACAGUUUUCCACCUGGACGAAUUGACUGGACCCGCCGUCAAGGCUGUCAAGAAGGUUGAGAAGGAUACCAUCUUUGGCGACAAGACAACGACUGACGUCUGCAACCUCUACGCCAAAUCCAUCGCCCGUCCCGAGCGCAAGACCAGAGACCAUGGCAGUCUGCAAUCAGAAGUUAUUGAGGACAAGCAGAUGCGUACCGAUGCCCACAUCAACGUUCGUCGCAUCUUCAGCGGCAGAAUCGACACCAUGACCAACGACGACAACACAAUCGCCAUCAAGGUCGCUGCUGCCGCCAACAAGAUCAACGCUCGCGCUCUUCCUGGCUCAAAAGGAAAGAAUGCUCGUCCAAAGGGCAAGGUCGGCUGGGAAGAGCUUGGAGGUGAACACUUGCAUUUCACUUUGUACAAGGAGAACAAGGAUACCAUGGAAGUGCUCUACUGGAUUGCCAGUCAGCUCAAGCUACACGUCAAGAACUUCCAGUUCGCUGGAACAAAGGACCGUAGAGGUGUCACUGUUCAGCGCGUGAGUGCCUACCGUAUCGCUGCCGACCGUCUGCAGGGUAUCAACUCUACGCUCAGACAAGCUAGACUCGGUAGCUUCAAGUACAUGCCCCAGGGUCUUGAUUUGGGCGACCUUUACGGAAACGAGUUCACAAUUACUCUUCGUGACUGCACAUUCCCUGGCCAGCAAGGCGACGCAGCCGCUCAGCUCGAAAACGCAAAGAAGAUUACUGGCGACGCCGUCUCGCAGUUCCAAGAGCGCGGUUUCAUCAACUACUACGGCCUUCAGCGUUUCGGUACCUUCGCCAUUUCCACAGACACUAUCGGUAGAAAGAUGCUUCGCGGUGACCUGGAAAGCGCUGUUGAAGAUAUUCUGUCUUUCAGCCCUGAGGCUUUGGCCGCUGCUUCAAACCCCGACCAGGCUUCUACCAAGAUUUCACACGACGAUAUUGCUCGCGCCGAAGCUCUGCACAUCUGGAAAACGACAAAGAAGUCAGGGGCCGCUCUCGACAAACUUCCUCGCCGUUUCCAAGCCGAGAACGCCUUGAUCAGACACUUGGGCUGGGUAGACCGCAAAUCAGGAGAACUACUACGCGCAAAAGACUGGCAAGGCGCUCUCCAAAACGUCCCUCGCAACCUGCGUCUCAUGUACGUGCACGCCUACCAAUCGCUCGUCUGGAACACAGUAGCGGGUCGCAGAUACCAACUCUACGGCAACAAAGUGGUAGCCGGCGACCUCGUGCUGGUCCACGAACACAAAGACAAAGAAGCCUACGCCCAACAAGACGAAGAAACCAUCGACGACUGCGGCGAAAUCAUCGUUCGUCCCGCCGCCCACGACACCGCCACUUCUCUCGAAGACAAAUUCGAGCGCGCUCGUGCGUUAACACCUGAAGAAGCCUCCAGCGGCAAAUACACCGUUUUCGAUUUGGUGCUGCCAUUGCCUGGCUUUGAUGUCAUGUACCCAUCCAACGAACUAGGUGCCUACUACUCCGAGUACAUGGGCAGUGAACAAGGCGGAAAACUCAACCCCAGAGACAUGCGCAGGAAAUGGAGAGACAUUUCGCUAUCAGGCUCCUACCGCAAACUGAUGGCCAAACCUCAAGGACUGGCUUGGGAAGUGAAACCUUACUUCCACGAUGAAGAACAACUCAUCCAAACCGAUCUGGACAAACUGAUUGCAAAAGCCAAGGAAGAGGGUAAUGCCGAUGCUUUGGGUGGAGCGGAAGCUCUGUUGGGUUCAGACAAGAGUCUGGAAAAGUCCUUGGAGCAGAAGGCAGAGGGAGAUGUGGAUAUGACUGAUGCAGCAGCAAAGACCGAGACAACCCAACAGCAAGAGCAGAAACUGGCUGUGGUGAUCAAGAUGCAAUUGGGUAGUUCCCAAUAUGCCACCAUGGCUCUGCGCGAGUUGACAAAGGGAGGUGCUGUGGCUUUCAGACCCGAUUUCCAAGGUGGAAGAUUAGAUAUCAAGGCAGAGUAG